UACACACAGAGCGAAAGUUUCCGCAGCAACGCAACUAGAAGCUAGAGAUCAACAACACGUUCAUCAUGUGGGCCGAUCUCAAAAACAAGGUGAUCUUGGUGACGGGCGCCGGUGCGGGCAUCGGCCAAGCACUGGUCAAAGAGCUGGCAGGCGCGGGAGCCACGGUCAUAGCAGUGGCCCGCAGCGAGGCACAGCUCAAGGAGCUAGCUGCCUUUGAUCCCAAGCACAUUCAGCCCCUGCAGCUGGACCUGGCCGAGUGGCAGCCGGUGAGAGAGGCCCUGGCCAAGGUGCCACUCUUGGACGGACUGGUGAACAAUGCCGGAGUGGCCAUCAUCAAGCCAUUCGAGGAGCUCACCGAACAGGACUUUGAUACCCACUUUAAUGUGAACAUCAAGGCCGUCUUCAAUGUGACCCAGGCCCUGCUGCCCAAGCUCCGCGAUGGAGCCUCCAUUGUGAAUGUCUCCUCGAUAGCGGCAUCGCGCUCGUUUGCCGGUCAUACCGCGUACAGUGCCACCAAGGCGGCCCUCGACUCGCUGACCAAGUCAUUGGCCCUGGAGCUGGGUCCACGUCGGAUACGAGUCAAUUCGGUCAAUCCCACGGUGGUGCUGACCAAAAUGGGGCGUGACAAUUGGUCGGAUCCCGGCAAGAGCGGACCCCUGCUGGCCCACAUUCCGCUCAAUAGGUUCUGUGAGGUGCAGGAGGUUGUCGACGCCACUGGCUACCAUUAAUCCGCGUCAGCGAAACGGAGCAAAGCUUCUCGAAAUCAAAGUCCAACAGAUUGCGGUUGAUCGUGUCCAGGUAGGGACACACGCGAUACUUCGGAUUGAACACGGAUGGCGUCUCUGCAUGGUGGA